UACCCCUCCUCCUCCUCUUGUUUAAUUCCAAAGGUUUCUGUGCACUCAGACAGACGUUUAUGCUCUUACUUAGCCAGCAUUAAAAAUCUGGACAAAUCUGGUGUCAUCAUGAAAUAUUUGACUCUGGCUUUGCUGCUUUGUUCUCUGCCGUCACUGUCAAAUGCUUACUGCUACAGGCGCUUCAUGAAAGAAGGUAUGACCCACUGUCAGGACUAUGAGGAUGAGACGUGGCAUGCUGUAGGAUCUUCAUGGAGAAACAGUAGAUGUAUGAACUGUAAUUGCGGUCAAUGUUGCACUGGGUAUGCAACCCCUGCGGUAUUCCCUGACUACUGCGUGAAAGUGUUUGACCCGGAGGCUUGUGAAUACAUAGUGUACAAGAAGGACGACCCAUCUGUACUAUGUCAUAUUUCUGCCAUGGUGAGGAAGUGAUGGAGUGGUCUGAAGAUCUGGAGUACUCCUUUGGGGGGAGAGAGAUCGAGAGGCAUGCAGAUGUGAUCCCUCACUCGCUUCUCACCAGGCAACAGUGCCUGUUUUGUUGUAACACACGACCAAGCAGGAAGCACAGCUGCCGGAAAUUGAAAAUAAAAUACUGCUACAUCUUA